CUCCCCGCCGCCACUCCUCGUCCUCCUCGGGAUCCCUCCCGAUCCACCCAUUCCACCAACCAGAGACUUCCCUGCUCGAUCCCAAGGGGAUCACGAGCAGCUCAUCCCCGCUGCCGACGGACCAGGCCGGACCUCGCGCCCCUGCCCUUUCUCUUCCUUUCUUCUUCUUCCCGUGCCUCACAUCUCUCUGUUUCCUCUCGUUCUCUCUCCCGCAGGAGCCCAUGGCGAGCCUGACCGAGCCCCUCACAUGGCGCCCUCGUGCCCGAGCUCUUCAUCAGCCCCGCGUCACCGGAGUCAAGCCACCGGCCGCCCGAGCCUUGUGCGCCUCUGCCUCGAGGACCUCCUCGUCCCCAACCAGGACGCCAUGGUCGGCCUCCUCUGUUCGUCCUCUGCCUCGUGCGCGACCCCGUCGGCCGGAUCUGCUCGAGCACGCCGUCCCCUGGGCCUCAAACUCCUCCUGCCGGAGCCGCAAGUCCCGUGCCUCUGCGUUCAGCGCCGCCGUUUGCAUCCCGCCUGAACGGAUCGAGUGAUCCUGCUCAUCCCGCGCGCCGCCAAGCCCGACCUCGCCUCUGCUUUGUCCUGUUCGAGGGAAUGAGCGAGCGGCUUGCCUCUGCUCCACCUCCCCCGUUUCGGUCGCCAUCUCCGGCGAGUGCAGACGCCAGUGUAGCCCCGCAGGUCGCCGUCUCCCUCCUCCCAUCUUCCAUUUCCUCCCGCGUUCUCCCGUUGCAUGUCUUAUCUCUGUCUCUCUCCCGUGGUCAGGAGAACCCCGUCGCCAGUACGCAUGGGAGCCACCUCCUGCCGUCGCUCGGAGAUGACGCCCCUUCGCCCGUCCUCGCCGGAUUGAGCAGCCUCCGCGCCCCUGCCAAGCCCGCCUCCUGUCACCAAGCGCUGCCGCUGCCGGACGCCCUGCGGCGUCGACCUGCUCUCAGCGCCGAUGCUUCCUCUGCUUCGCUCGACUGGAUGCAGCCGCUCGCCCCGUUGACCGCGCGAGCCCGUCAGCGCAUCUCUGCCUCGCUGGCCAAGGCCCAGCCUGCUCCAGCUCCCCAACCGGCCUGCUACCUCCUCCACCGAACGGGCCAAGGCCUACUGGGACCUGCGAAUUUAGCUAUUAUCCGAGGAUUUACAGUAUUGCAGAAAAACCCCUCAUGUUCUUGCAUUAAUAAUUAAUUAACCGUGCAUCUUUUGUAAAUAAUUUAUAUAUGAAAAAUGCUUAGAAUUUCAUCUAGUUUCAUAAUAUGCAACUUUCACCCAUGUUAAUAUUGUUUAAAUUGCUGUUUGAUUUAAUUUGCUCGUAUGCCAUGUUAAAAUGAUUUAAUUCA